UAACCUAGCAACGCAGGCACCUCGGUGGUUACCACGGGUAGAAAAACCUGAAGCCCUCUGAGCAGGGUUGCCAGAGACAAUAAAAGCAGGAAGCCCAGAUAGUCUACCAAAGUCUCAAUCUCUCAGGGCGUACAAAGGCGAAGAAGACCGCUCAUAAAAUGGCUUUGGACGUCCUUGCCGUGGCCCCUCUCUACCAAGACCCUGACGUCAACAAAGUAAGGCUGAUAGCACAGACGACCAAAAAGUCCACCACCCCGCCAAAACCCAUGCCUCCUACCAAGACCAAACUCACCACCAUCGAGACCAAGAGGAUCAUGUCCGUCCUGGACGAGACCAUUCACAAGGUGGAGUUGGUGACCCUGCUGUCAUACGUGGCAUCCAGUUCCAAGAAUUCGGAGGGGAUGCUGGGGGAGGACAUCAUGAAAGCAGUGAGAGAGCACGAGGACCUUGCCAGAUCCUCCUGGAUCGCGUCAAUUACCUGCAAGGAGGAAGAGAAGGCAGUUGCAGGAGGAAGAAGAGAGUUCGAGGAUGAACCGUGGUUCCGAGACCGUGUCUCUCCAUAGAGGUGCAG